AUGUCGUUUCGCCAGAUGUUAAUACGAGACCACCAUGCACAAGGAUCAGAUAAUCAAGGUCUAUUGUGCAAUAUCACUGGACAGUACAUGGAGCCAUCUAUGGUUGAGUCGUUUGAAUUCUUCCCGCAGGCGUUAGGAUAUGAUGCUAUGCUCAAGAUAUUUGGAACAAGAGGUGGGAGUGAGUUAUACUCUCCUCGAAAUGGCUUGCUUAUAAGCAAGCGCAUUAUUACAUAUUUCCGAAAUUUCUCCAUUGUCAUUGUUCCUAAUGGUGAUUCCAACCAUGGCCGUUGGGAGACUUUGGUAUUGAAUGAACAACUCCUGAAUGAAAAUCAACCUAAAAAAGGGCCAAACAUCUUUGAUGUCAUUCAUGGAAAGGAGUUAACUUUCAAAGGCAGACCUCGACCUGCCCCACGUUAUGCCUACUUUCACUAUGCAGUGGCGAGAAUGUAUGCAAUGGCAGAAAAGAAAAUUGAUUAUUGGGUUGAGCCUGUUCAACGCGGCUAUCUUCUAGAGAGAGGGUUAUCAGCACUUACUAAGGAGAUUACUAAAUCUCCUUUAAAGAGGGAAACUCUGCCGGAACUUAUGGAACACAUUCAUGGUGAUGGUGUCAUUGACAUAGGUGGACACGAUGAGGUUGCCAAAAUAGUAGCAAGUAACCUGAAACAAAGGAUGGGAUUGGAAUCUUAG